AUGUCGGCAGUGGAAAAGACCGAGGGGACUGCUCCUCUCUUCACCGGCCCGGUGGGACGGCAGGCCAUCCUCGACCCCGACGACAGCAACAACUUCAACUUCGGCAUCGUGCACUUCGGCGCCGGCGUCCGCAAUAAGUUCCAUACCCACAGCGGCGACCAGAUCCUCAUCGUCACCGAGGGCACCGGCAUCGUCGCCACUCGCGACGAGGAAGUCGUGGUCAACGAAGGCGACGUGGCCGUCAUCCCCGCUGGCGAAGACCACUGGCACGGCUCCCGCGAAACCGCCAUGUCCCACAUCACCAUCACCGUGAAGGGUAGCCAGACCCAACAGAACGAGGACUAA